AUGGUCCUGAUGGAAAGAAUGGUUCUGGCAAAUAGCUCUUUGGUAACAGAAUUCAUUCUCUUGGGUUUAAUAGACAACCCUGACCUCCAAAUACCUUUGUUCUUGGUUUCUCUAGUAAUGUAUAUGAUAACUGCCUUGGGAAAUUUGACUUUGAUUUUGCUAACUGUGCUGAACUCUCACCUUCACACUCCCAUGUACUUUUUCCUCUUUAACUUGUCUUUCAUAGACCUCUGUCAUUCUUCUGUUAUAACACCCAAAAUGAUAAUGAACUUUGUACUAAAAAAGAAUAUCAUUAGUUUUUCAGGUAUGACUCAGCUCUACUUGUUCGGUUAUUUUGUUAUCUCCGGAUGUUAUGUCCUGACAGCAAUGGCCUAUGAUCGCUACGUAGCUAUCUGCAAUCCACUCAUGUAUAAUGUUGCCAUGUCCCGUAAAAUCUGUUCCUAUCUUAUGCUUGGUUCUUAUUUGAUGGGAUUUUCUGAUGCCAUGAUCCACACUGGCUGCAUCCUGAGACUGACCUUCUGUGACAGGAACACCAUCAACCACUACUCCUGUGAUCUUCUGCCUUUGAUGCAGCUCUCCUGCACCAGCACAUAUGUCAAUGAGAUAGAGAUUUUCAUUGUAGGGGGAAAAGAUAUCACUUUGCCCAGUAUAGUCAUUCUUAUCUCUUAUGGAUUCAUCCUGUCUAGUAUCCUUCAGAUAAAGUCUACUGCAGGCAAGUCUAAAGCCUUCAAUACCUGCAGUGCCCACAUAACUGCUGUUUCUUUGUUCUAUGGCUCAUGUGCAUUUAUGUAACUAAAACCAACUUCAGUUGUAUCUUUGAAUGAGGAAAAAAUAUCUUCUGUCUUCUAUACCAUUGUAGUCCCCAUGAUGAACCCUUUAAUCUACAGCUUGAGGAAUAAAGAUGUGAAAGUGGCCCUGAGAAAAACUUUGAGCAGGACAAAGUUUUGGUGA